GGAAUCCAGGGAUAAAUAGGAGCAGCCUCAGCACGGGACAGCAGUGCGUGUUCUGCUCCCAAGCCUUGUCCUGCUCAGCGCCCGUGGCAGCACCAUGGCUCUCCGCCCCUUCCUGCUGCUGCUGAUGCUGGCUACCAUCCUCAUCAGCCAGGCUCAAGGCAUUGGAAGCUCAGCCUCAGACUGCUGCCUGAAGCUCAGUCAGAAAUCCAUCCCCAAAGGCGUGGUGACAUCCUACCGCCUCCAGGGACCCGAGUCGGGAUGUUUGCUUCGUGCUGUCGUGUUCACCACCAAGAAGAACAGGAAAAUCUGUGCCUCUCCCACGGACAGCGCUGUCCAGAAGAUGAUGAAGUACCUGGACAAGAAGGCCAAGAAUGGCAAGAACAGGAAGAUGGGGCAUCCCGGGGGCAGACCCAAGAAACAGAGGCAGCAGCGGGUCUAAGUCAGGCCUGAAGAGGACGGAUGCCUUCCCACUGGUGACUGACCCACGGCCCGGCAAUGGACAUACGCAAACCACACACCCACCCACCCGCCAACCAUGGGCGGGGAUGGGGCAGGCUGGGGAGGAUUCCCUCUGCCCCGCCACCUCUUUGUUGCUGCUAUGCCUGACAAGAGAUCCCCCAGCACUUACAGUGCCUGGGUGCUCUCAGCAAAGCAGGCACCCAGGUCGUCACUUGUCCCGCAGCCAAAUAAGUGGGGACCUGGGCGUGGGAGCUGAGCCAUGGCCUCUAGAGGGGACAGGCUUCCCACUGAAGGGGAGUUAUUUAGCCUAGUAGGAUGGAUGCUUUUUCUAUGACUUUUUUGGGGGGAUAUCAUACACUUGUAUUUAUAUUUGAAAACUGUGCUUUCAUUCAGUCUUCCUGAAAGUCUUUCCUUCUGUCUUCCUUGUGCUUCACAAAGUAGCCUUUAUGCUGCAGGCUAGAUUUUCUGGAAAAUUUCUCUUAUUUUUCUACUAAAUGGCUGCAUUUUAUUUUCCUCUCAUCUCUUUGCUCCUUCUUGGCUUGCAAGGCUGUGGGGAGCUAGGCAGGUCCCAAGUCCUGUGGUCCUACUUGAGCUGCUUGUUGGGCGCUUCUUUGCAGAGCGAUUAAUAGCAGCUAAGAUGGAGAGUUUUGGGGUAAUAGUGGUAACAGGGUAGCUCUGUGUCUGGACUGUUCUAAUCUUUCAAGUUUUAUGGUGCACUGUUGCAUUGUAGUUUGGAUAAAGAUAGCCACAAUUUCCGCCCCCCUUUUUUUUAAAUUUUCUUUUUUAGGUACAUUUCCAUGAAAUCAGAACUAAUUGUUCAAUUUAGUGGAAUUAUACCCUUUUAGCUCCCCUGGCUACAAAAUUGCAAUCAAAUCAGAACAAAUUGUUCGGUUUAGUGGAAUUUUACCCUUUUUUUUUUUUUACCCUGGCUUUGCUUGUGUCAGGAAUUCAGACACUAUUAAGACAAAUGCUUAGUUUUCUAGGGGAAAAAAAAGUGCACCAGCAACUCCUUUAUACUUAUUUACCAAAUCCGAAGAGCCCACAUAGUGAAAAACACAUGUGAGGCCAUGAAGAUGGAGGAAUAGAAGAUUUUGUAAAAUUCAUUGUAGACAUCCUGCAGCCAUUUGAGAGCAACUCUAUCCCAAACAUUUAGUGAGAGAAGUCACUAAGUAGAGGGCACCUUUAGGUGAGAAUGCAAGUUGAGGUGGGACAGACCCCUGGGACAGGGUUGGGUGGAAAAUGGCAUCUCCCUGUGCUUGCAACCUGUUUUCCCUGGCAUGCUGAGAAGCAGCAAAUAAAACAGCUGUACUAGAGCAUCACUGCUAUCUGCUUGCAGAGAUUUUGAAUGUGGACUUUGGUCAGUAAAGGUCUAUUAAGUCAUAUAAAUGCAAUAAUAGGAUUUGCAGAGCUUAACAGUAUCAGUGCGCGCUGUGUGUUUGUUGGAGUAAAGCUUGUAGCUGAGUGUUUCUACCAAAUACAUAUGUGGCUUGACUGCUUUAUUAAGAGGGCAUUUAGGUCUAUCAUUUUAAGGCUGUGUAAAGUAACUGUGAAGUCCAAGAUAGCGGCCCUGAGCAAGGGACAGGCACUGAGCUGUCUCCUUGCUGCUGCCUCCUCCACAUUGAACUUGUGGCUGUCUGCCAGACCGGCUUUUGGACAGGAUGUUGGCAAUAAAAUGUAUUCUUUAUAACCAAA